AUGGCCAGCACCGUGGACCUCCCCGAGCACUGCAUUGUCUGCUACACGGCGACGACCAAGCUGUGCAGCGCGUGCCGCGCCGUUCGCCUGUGCUCGGAGCGCUGCCAACGCAUCCUCUGGCCGACGCACAAGGUGCUCUGCGGGCGCAGCGUCGACACGUUCUACCUGCCGCCGUUGACGGCCGACGAGAUCCGGUCGCUCGACGACGUCAAGAGCAGGCCAGGCCUUGUUCCCGGCUUGCGCGGCCAGUCGCUUGUCAGCCUCGUCAAGGGUGGCUACCCGGGACCUCUCGCCGACUUCCUGUGGACCACGUUCUGGCAGCGCCUGACCGCACCCGCCAACGACGACCCGUACGAGGAGAACGAGCGCCUCGAGAACGUCGCCCUCGCGUACGAGUUCCUCGGACACGCCGCCGACCGCGAGCUGUUCGCCGGCAAUCCUCCGGCACGCCGGUCGCCAUGGCAGCUGUUCGCCAAGUCCUGCAUGGCGUUCCACACCGAGUACUGUGAGGCGGUCGCCAAGAUGUCGGGCAACACGCCGGAAGCGGCCGCGUUCGACAAGGCGACGCAGAUCGGCAGCUUCACCGUCCUCAACGCGCUCUUCCGCCAGCAGCUCGUGCACGCCACGAUCACGUGCCAGUCGUACAACCGCCCGUCCCUCGUCGGCCAGGAAGAGGCGCUCGAGCUCGUGCAGGCAGGGAGGACGCGCGCCGUCAAGCUGCUCGAGGCGUCCGACCUUCCCGAGUUCGUCAAGCAGCGCCUCGUCGCGCACGCGCAGGUCGGUCUCUCGAGGGGCGCCUGGGCGCAGUCGGUCGCCGCUCUUGACAAGCUCGCGACGUAG